GCCGCAAAGUAUCCCGUGGUGAACCAGGCCGACAUGACCAAAGGUUUAGCGAAGCCUCGUGUGAAUGAGAAGGUCCGGAACUACAUGACCGGACUCAUCUGCGGCAACUUCAUCGACAAAGGCGACAGGCAUCGCCUUCACUCGUGGGACGGGCCGUGGGUGCUUUUGGGAGAGGUUUUGGAAGUCGUGAAUCGUGUCAAGGAGGUCGACUUCGGGGUUGGGACAUUCCUCGAGUUGAUGUGCCACGACAAUAAAGGACGGCUUUCCUUCCGUGGCCCCAUUGACGCGGCGGCUGAUACCAUCAGCCAGCCUGCCUUUCCUGUCUAUGUGAGGUGCGUUCACGGGCAUCACGAGAACCUCGCCCAGACCUUCGGCGACGAGGACAUCGCAGUGGGGUGGCUCAGUACCUUUACAGAGGCUGAGUUGGUCGAUAGGAAUGAAGCCGUCCGAGAGGUUAUGGACGGUCUGGGAAGGCGCACGCCUACUUUAGUGGUGGGUACUCCACUUGAGGACGCCAAGGUCCGUUCCGGUGUGCGUGCAAGCCUUCCGAUUGAGAUUACCUUCGACACCAAAGAAAUCUUGGACGCAGGGUGCGAAGUCUUUCUCACUGAAUCGGAAGGUUACCUCACCUCCAGCCCUGUCCCAGGCCAUUGCAUCCUCUUUAUCAACGACGACUCGAAGGACCUCACUUUGUGGGCAAGGUCCGGUGGUGUGGUUGACGAAGGAACGGGAGCAGGCGAUGAAAGCCCGGCGAAAGCCGAGGCCGAGGUUCCCAUCGUUAUCGAGGACGAACCUGCAUCAUCAUCUGCCCGCGUGUUCAGGUCUGAUUUGCAUUUCACGAUUCAGCCUGAACAUCAUGCGCCUCCUGUUCCCAGUGAACCCCACGCGGCCGAACGACCCCAACAGAGUGAUGUUCCACCUUUGGAUAUUCUCAUUGUUGAGCCUGAGGUUGUGAGUGAUGAUGGGCCAACGACCGAGGACACCACCAGGGGGGAUGAGACGAUGCCCUCCGUAACGGAGAGGCCGACUCCUCCUGAUGGUACCUUAAUCAAGCCCACCAACGUCACAACAACCACCGCCUACAUCAACAACCAGACAGCAACGCUAGUUGUUCAGGAUGUUGACGGCAAUGCGAUCGAAGCCACCGAGCAGCCCGAGAAGCCCUCUGCUGCGUACCUCACCUAUGUGGAUUGCUGUCACUGCAAAGCUAAGUGCCUCGAAGGACAGCGUGUUUGCCUAAUGUGUGGUGGACCGGUGAAACCAGGAUCGCUGAAAUCUCAGGCUCGCCGCACUGCCUUAGCGAGAGGUCGAGAAGCAUUGAUUGAUGAGCUCGCUGCCGGUCAAGACGCACCUCGGGUCUUCCUCCAAAAGGUUCGAAGCGCGUCGAAAGACGUCGCCGGGAGAGGUAGGACUUCAUUCGAGGGCGAAGCUAUCCGGAAGGCCAAGCUCGCGCUGAACAAAGCAGUCAAGAAGGGCUUCACUUCCAUCACGGACCGGUUCAAUCGCGAGAACACCUAUGCUUGCUCCCUCUCCGCCAUCGGCCAGACCCGCCGCAGUACGAAGGUCAUGGAUUGCCUUACACGGGCUUAUCUACCGGACCCAGGUCGUACGACGUCUCAGAGAAAGCUUGCGAUUGGCUCAAAUGCAAUCGUCAAUCAGAGCACUGCUUAUCGACGAGACGAAGUACCCCACUCCAGGAUCCUACAUUUCCGUUGCACCGGGGACGAUCUUUGCUCAGCGGGACUAACGUCCACGCCGCAAGACGCACCAGUUGCCUUUACAUGGUACGGGGCCGUGCUAUCGUUUCAAGGCUUCGUCAAAAACGUGUCGCGGUGCCCCACGGAGGUAAGACUUCAAACCUUCGGCCAUGGCAACCUCGAGAUCGCCGGUGAUGAUCAGGACACGAUUGCUGCGAACCUGACGCAAAUGCCCCAGGACGAGCUCACCUAUGCCGAUCAAGCAGCAGACGACACUGAUCGCAAAACGGAGGCAUCCCGUCGCGUGCAACCAAAGUAUGCACAGCAGUACCCUCCUGGUCGCGAGCCCCAGCCCAAGGCCAAAGGCAAGGGCAAGGGAAAAGGAAAGGAGUCCAGCAAACAACUGCGCUAA